GGAAAUUCUUACCUUUUGAGGAGAGCCCGCUGCCCAAGCUCCAACUGUAAUGACAGGCGCUUCAGACGCCAAACGAUCAGAUUUCCCGGGCUGGCCUUGCUGGCCUGUUGAGACCCCAGCCAAUCAGAAGUCCGCAACGCCUCUCUGAGCUGCUUCCCGGCUCCCAUAAGACCGCCCCUCUUUGUUGCGGCGCCCAAUGGGGACGCUCCGAAUGUCGGCGGCUGCCGGGUAACAUGGUUACAUGUCAGGGAGUAACACUUGAUCAUGGAACAUGGACUAAGGCGAAGGCGACCGAGUCAGCUGCAGGAGCAGCAUCAGCCGCAGCCGCCUGGAGAGGCUCCGGUGCAAUGAAUCCCCCCCGCGACCAGAUUCUCUCUGUAUGAGGAACAAGCCCCCCGCCACCUGCUUGGCGGCUGCUAGCAAGCGAUUUCAUGUCGGCCUGAUUUGUUCGGCGGGAGCAGGGGGCAGAAUGGCGUGGGCUCGCUCGACGGGACACUGACCAGGGUCCGUCCUCUGUCGGACUGCUGGUUCCUUUGGAGCUCGCAAUGACCGGCUCCGGCUCCAACGCUUCCCACAACUCCCACCCCAAGGGAGACAAAGGGGGACGUUCCAGAAGCUCCCACACUCGGACGCUCAGUACUGCCAACAACGGGGGCUCGGAAGAGGAGGACAAAGAUGGAGGAGCAGUGUUCCUUGUCAACAAAAGUGGCUUUCCGAUUGAUGGGCAGACCUGGGAGAGAAUGUGGGGGCAUGUGGCGAAGGUCCACCCUUCGGGCAGAGAGAUGGUGGAGACGAUAAGGAGUGCUGCUUUCCUUACAAAACCUUCCGUGCCAUCGGUGCCAAAUUACAAGGCUUCCAUGACGAUCCCAGAUUGGCUUCAGGCAAUACAGAAUUACAUGAAGAUGCUGCAAUAUAAUCAUACGGGAACUCAGUUCUUCGAAAUUAGGAAAUCAAGACCUCUAAGUGGGCUAAUGGAAUCAGCAAGAGAAAUGACCAGGGAGUCUUUACCAAUCAAAUGCCUUGAAGCAGUUAUCCUAGGGAUAUACUUAACCAAUGGGCAGCCUUCUGUGGAACGAUUCCCAAUCAGCUUUAAAUCCCACUUCUCAGGGAACAAUUUUCAUCACGUGGUGCUUGGAAUUUAUUUCAAUGGCCGAUAUGGAUCACUGGGCAUGAGCCGAAGGUCAGAGCUGAUGGACAAGCCCUUAAUCUACCGAACUCUGAGUGACCUCAUCUUUGACUUUGAAGACUCCUAUAAAAAGUACUUACACUCGGUAAAAAAAAUAAAGAUUGGAUUGUAUGUCCCUCAUGAGCCUCACAGUUUUCAGCCCAUCGAAUGGAAGCAGUUGGUGCUUAAUAUGUCAAAGAUGAUGCGGUCAGAGUUAAAGAAGGAGUUGGAGAAAUACGCCAGGGACAUGAGGAUGAAGAUUUUAAAGCCUGCAAGUGCCCAUUCUCCAGUCAAGCAGAGAUCCCGAGGGAAGUCCUUGUCCCCUCGACGACGACAAGCCAGCCCUCAGAGGCGGGCCUGCCGGAGAGACAAAUCGCCAGCUGUUUUGGACAAAAAAGUGGGUGACCUUUCUACAUUGAAUGAAGUCGGUUACCAGCUACGCAUCUGAGAAAACCAGAGGCCAAACCAGCUGGCUUCUGGGGUGUUUCUUGCCGCACUUUACCCUGUGAUGUGUGGGGGGUGGGGAGCUGUGACUAUUUAUUAUGAACAUGUAAGGGUUUUAUUUAUGACUUCACCAGGAAAGUAGGAAUUCUAGAAGUGACUAUGGUGAUAUUUUUGUUUUUAUUUUUCAAUUCAUGAAGUGGAAUCAAGGAAAAGAGAAAUUAAAAACUGUUUUCAGCUAUGAUAAUACUGUUACUCUCCAUCGAGUUGAAAAUGGGAGGUGAUAAUAGUGUUGCUUGGUUUUCUUUUGGAUGGAAAUUACUGUUUCUGUAGUGGCUCUUUUUUCUGUUGGCUUGGAGCAUCGUGUGGUGUUGUAGGAGUUAGGAAAGGCAAUGCUGAAAGUAUUUUCCUCUAUGGUAUUUAAAAAUGCUGGUGGGGGGCGGUGAGCUGCAGUCAGAGAAAGGCAUGGCCUGGCAUCAACUUUGCUUGUGCGGGUCCCAUUGAAAAGAAUGAAGUUGUGCAUCCCUAUGAUCCCUUUCAGUGGAGCUCAACAUAACAGAAAUUGCUGCCGGACCUCAUUUAAUGUGACAUUCAGCAAUAAAAUAGCAAGAAUUUA